CUUGCAGUGCUGGGCAGUAUCUGGAUAUGAAGAUUCAGAAGUGCACUGCAUGUGGGCAGGGAACAUACUCUCUGGGGACUGCUGUGCGAUUUGAUGAGUGGUCAAAACUUCCUCAUGGCUUUUUAUCCAUCUCCAGUAACCUGUAUGAUGAGAAUAAAGGAGCCACCAGCAACUGCAGCAUGUCAUAUUGGAAACCUCGUGGUGAAUACAUUUCUUCUAACACAGAUGAAUGCACAGCGACUCUCAUGUAUUCCAUCAACCUGAAGCAGGAGGGAUCUGUCAGCUUUGAGUACCUAUACCCAGAUAGUAACAUGGGGUUUGAGUUUUUUGUUCAGAAUGACCAAUGUCAACCAAGAGAAGAGGAUUCCAGGUGGUUGAGAACCACUGAGAAAGGCUGGACCUUCCAUGACGUGAAGUUGACAAAAGGUAAUAAUGUUCUGUACUGGAGAACAACAGCAUUCUACGUGGGAGGUAUCACCCCUAAACCUGUAUUGUUGAGGAACAUACAAAUCACAGGUGCUGCAUACACCUCAGAAUGCUUCCAAUGUAAGCCAGGCACUUAUACUUCAGAAAGCGGGAGCUCAUAUUGCAAAUUAUGUCCUAAAAACCAAUUUUCUAAUCGAGGGGCCAUGUCCUGUACCCCGUGUGAAUCUGAAACAUACUCAGAUACUGGGUCUGCCAACUGCACUGCUCGUCCACCUUGCACAGAGAAGGAUUAUUUCUACACACACACUCGAUGUGAUAACAAUGGGGAGACACAGCUGAUGUACAAAUGGAUUGAACCUAAAAUCUGCACUAACAAUGCAAAGGAUGCUGUACAACUACCAGCCUCUGGUGUGAAGACUCCAUGUCCACCGUGUAACCCAGGCUUUUAUCAGACAAAUUCCAGUUCAUGUGAGCCGUGUCCGCCUGAGACCUUCUCCAAUGGAACAUCUUGCACUCAGUGUCCUGUUGGUACGGAAGCAGCGAUGGGCUUUGAAUAUAAGUGGUGGAAUUCACUGCCAGCAAAUAUGAAUGCCACAGUUAUGAGUGGGCUCAACUUUGAGUAUACAGGGCUAUCAGGUUGGGAAGUAGCUGGAGACUAUAUUUAUACACCUGCUGGAUCCUCAGAUAAUGACUUUAUGCUACUCACUUUGACCAUUCCAGGCUUCAGACCACCAAGUUCUGUGGCUCUAGAUACAGAAAAUAAAGAAGUUUCCAGAAUUAAAUUUGUAUUUGAGACACAAUGUUCUGUGAACUGCCAAUUCUACUUUAUGACGUCUGUGAAUUCUGAAAUAAGCUCAGUGGUGGAAAGUUGGGUGGGUUCCAGAGAAAAGCAAUCCUACAUCUAUCAUCUGCAGAGGAAUGCCAAUACUACUUUCACUUGGGCCUUUCAGAGGACACCAUUACAGACCACGGACCGUAUUUACGCAGCAGAUAUGGCCAAGAUCUACUUCAUCAAUGUUACCAAUGCCCAAGGUGGGGUGUCGUCUUGGUGCCAGCCCUGUGCUGUUGACACAGAUUCCCUCUGUAUUUCCUGUCCUCCUGGGCACUACAUUGAUAAGAAGACCAGCAAAUGCACCCUCUGCCCACCUAAUACUUACCUGAGAGCCCAUCAGAUAUAUGGAAGGGAAGCUUGUGUACCAUGUGGCCCUGGGACCCGGAGCAAUAAUGCUCGCACCCUUUGUUUUAGUGAUUGUCGGGUAGCAGUGCCAGCUGGUGGAACUAACCUGCAAUAUGACUUUUCCUCUCUUCCCAACCACACAUCGUUUCUUGGGACUCCAAGCUUCACUGCAAAAGGACUAAAAUAUUAUCACAGCUUCAACAUCAGCCUUUGUGGGAAUCAGGGGAAGAAGUUGGCGUCAUGCAUGGAUAAUGUGACAGAUAUACGUUGGUCAGAUGGAGAAUCAUCGCGGUCCGUAAAUUCCUAUGCUUGUCAAUCCAUAUUACUACCAUCAGAUACUGCUGGGCAUAUGUCACUGGUGUCAUCACAACCAGUUAGCAUUGCUGAUCGCUUAAUAGGUGUGACAACUAAGACAACUCUUUUUAAUAUCUCAUCUCCUCCGGAGCUGUUUUCACCAGAGAAUCCUGGUAUAAAAGAUGUAAUAUUUUAUUACAGAUCGAAUGAAGUUACUCAGGGCUGCAGUUCUGGACGUGCCACUACUGUCCGUAUGCGAUGUAACUCCUCUCUGAUUGGUUCAGGCCAGGUUUCAGUGUCAAGUAAGUGCCCAGAAGGUACAUGUGAUGGCUGUACUUUUCAUUUCCUAUGGGAGACUCAAGAAGCAUGUCCCCUUUGUACAGCCCAGGACUUCCAUGUCAUCACCAGUGUUUGUCAUCACGGAAUACAGAGAACAACUGCAAUGUGGAAACCGCCACGAAUGUGUAAAGGGGGCAUGGAUCUGCCAGCUGAGUCAGUCUCUAUCUGCAAAACCGCAGAUUUCUGGUUGAAGGUGGGAGUGUCAGGCGGGGUAUGCACAGCGCUUCUUCUCACAGUUCUCACUAUUUACUUCUGGAGGAAGAAUCAGAGCCUAGAGUACAAGUAUUCACGCCUAAUGAUGAACAGUUCAGGCAAGGAUGGAGAGCUCCCAGCAGCUGACAGCUGUGCCAUUAUGGAAGGAGAAGAUGCUGAAGAUGAUAUUCUGUUUAACAACAAACAUUCACUUUUGCGCAAGUUCAAAUACCUCUCUGGGAAGGUAAAGCCUCAUAGGUCAUAUGAUGGGUUUGACUCUGUACCUCUGAAGACAUCAGGAGGUUUGGAUAUGGACAUGUAACUGAAACGACUCACUAUACUGGCCCCAACUGGUCAGACAAUGAGUUUUUAAUGAGUUCAUACCAAUUAGCCAAUUAGCACUCACCGCUGCAGUAAUCAGACCAUAAGAAAAUCCAUGCAAACCAGAUAUCUCAAGCUACAACAGUACUGGGCUACAUAUUAUGAUAGGAUUUAACCAAAAGCUGGAGCUGUCAGUAACCACCCACAAGUGAUGUCUGAGCCACUUAGUAUGAAAUGCCAAUGUUUUGAGACACUUUAGACCACUGCCACAUGUAUUUAUAUUGGUUCCCAUUGUUAAUAAGUAUUUUUCAUGAACCGUAUGCUCAGUACAAGCCUUGUUAAACAACAACACACAAAACACACAUAAAAUAAUACGAUGCAGGGUUCAGGUACUUUUUCAUAUAAUUUAGGUAGAACUCCAAAUCAUACCUUUCUACAAAUUUUACACCAUCCAGCAGCUUUAUCCAAAACCGUCCUCUGGCCUUUUUUUUAUUUUUAUUUAUGUAAGAUAAGUACUGAAGGAACUUUACAUUCUAUAAAUUACAUAGUUUGACCAUUUAAUUUAAAAAAAAAGAGAAAAAUCCCUAAGUGUCUUGAAAAACUUACUGUGGUUAAACUGUUUUUAUUUACAUUUUAUUACUCUGUUG